AUGGUUAAGGGUCUGCUCGCUUUAAGCUUGCUGCUGGGGUGCUUGGCUGUAGGUUGCUCCGGCGAUCGACACCAUCGCAGCGAUGAGCACCGUGCGCCAAAAACUGAUCAUAUCGAUAAAGGUCAGCGUCGAAAGCCGGUGGAAGUUUACCUAAAGUUAUCCGCCAAUCCGCAGCUGUUUGUGGCGAAGAAGAGUGAGGAAGGCUUUCUGUUUACUACCGCCCGGCCGGGAGCGCCGGACCGAAAGCAGUGUGAGCAGUGUGUUUUCCGGAUCGUUUGCAAAGGUCCCGAUUGUGCGGAAGUGUGUGAACUUUGUGGCAAAGACAGUGGUGCAAAAUUUACCGAUCACGAUAGUGACCCGUGUAGUGAGUCCCAGGAGAUGGAACCGGUGUCCAGAGAUUCUAGAAGAAGAAAGGGACAGACAACAACUGCAAGUCAGUCCACCACUCGACAGCCAGAAACAGUGACGAGCUCGAACAAACCGGGCAGAUUUAGUGAGCAGGAUGGUAGCAAGAUGACAAAAUCGGACGAACGCGUUGGUCCUGUCCGGAAGUGGAUUAAGGCUCGGAGAGAGUUCCGGAGAAAGCAGCUAGAGGAGCGUAAUAAGGCAAGAUCAGAAGCUCGAAAGUUAAACGGUGCUAGAGAAACCGAACCGAAAGAUGAAAAAUCAACAACAAGCGUCACUACUAAAACUACUAAACAAUCUGAAGAAAAGGAUGAGAAAAUGCGAGGGACUACAAAGGCGCCAAUUUCUCCGAAGGAUGGUAAAGAGAGCACCGAAUCAUUAGAACAUUCAAAGGACAAAUCAGACAAAACACAUGAAAAUGAAGUUGUGUUUCACAUUCCAAAGAAAAAGGAACCAACAGCACACGACCACUCCGAACAAUCAGCAAAACCAGAGAAUCGCGUCAAAGUAAGUGAGGAGGACUUAUCGGAAAACUCCAAGAUUUUGAAACUACUAGAAAAAAUUAUAAAACAAAAAGAGAUGGAUAAAAUGGAGGAAGAGCGAAAGCAUCGACAAGAAACAGAACAAAGGAAGGCAAAGGUUGAGACAACUACAAAGAGACUAGAUGGUAAAGCUACUAAACCGAGCAAGGCUAGUGACGCGACCCACUCCCAUGCUAUAAAAGUAGUAGACGAAAAGGAAAAAUCAGCUCACUCGGCCGAGCCGGACUGGGAUUCCGCAAUGGAAGAGAACUUUGUGCAGUCGGGAAAGAAGGAAGAACCGGACGGUUGGCCUCAGCUGAUCGCGAAACUGGUGCAAACCGAAAUCGAGAGCGCUCAUCUACUUAUCAAACACAAACCACUUAAAGCGGCACUGAAGAAUCUAAAGCAACGGUUUAAACCCAUUUUCAUUGCUGCCUCGAAAGCGCUCGCCAACGUGUUUGGUGUGCAGACUGUCGAGGAGGAGACGAUCAAGGCGAAAAAGGAUAAGGAUGAGAAGGAAAAAAGCUCUCCGGCGACACUAGCGCCACCACCGACCGCUGUCACUAGUAAACCAUCGCCCGCAGAUGAUACGCACCUGUCAAAACCGACGGCCGUCAAAAUGGACACGCACCGGAGGCGAGCUUCUAUUUAUUCAGCACGUUCUCGACGACCGAAAGACCGGCGUCGGCGGAGACCAUUAUCGUUGCGGGCAUCGGUGAAAAAUAAGCUCCGCGAGCUGGAAUCAGCGGACAAGUCGGGAUCGGCCGGGCACGGGAAAGAUUGCAGCUGCAAGUGUCUCGCUUCGAGAUGA